AAGAUAAUUUUCGUGCCUGUAUCUCAGUGAAUUGCCAUGCGCGGGCGCUAGCAGUAGCUUACACACAAUUAUUAAAGUUGAGUCUACGAAAACCGUUCAAAUGUUCGCAGUGUUUUUAUCCUACAUUGAAGUUAAAAUAAUUGUACCUCUGGCUUACGUGCUUCAGUUGGCCCUGGUCAUCAUAACCUCGUUCCUGAUUGGCAGUCAGGAUUAUCCCCAACAAGCGACAGUUGAAAAUGGAGCUAGUUUCGACUUCAUCGUGGUGGGGGCUGGUUCGGCGGGGUGCGUGCUUGCCAACCGUCUCACUGAAGUCAAUUGGACAGUCCUUCUCAUCGAAGCUGGGGAUAAUCCGCCACCAAUUUCUGACAGUCCGGGUUGGUCUGUCCUAACUAGUGCUGCUUACCCAGACUGGAAUUAUCACACCGUGAACGACGGAUUCGCGAGCCAAGCUAGAAAGACCAAAUCUAUCUUUAUGUCCAGGGGCAAAAUGUUAGGAGGAUCCAGCACUUCCAAUUUCAUGUUUUAUGUUAGAGGUAACAGAAAAGAUUACGAUGACUGGGCACAAAUGGGUAACGCCGGAUGGGAUUGGUAUAAUGUCACUCAUUACUUCAAAAAAAGUGAAAGGUUUGAAGAUAAAACAGUCUUAGAAGCUUCACCGUCUAUGCAUAAUAAUAACGGAUAUUUAGGUAUUACAAGAUACGAAGAAAAUGAUAAUAUAAAAGAAAUGUUAAAUAUUUUCAAAGAGAAUGGGCGUAAUAUACUGAUCGAUACUAAUGGGAAAGAACAAAUUGGUUAUUCUUUAGCUCAAUAUACGAUUGGCGACAACACUCGCCAAAGUACUGCUGUAGCGUUCCUUAAACCUGUAAAAGAUCGACCAAAUUUGUUCAUUUUGAAAGAGACUUUGGCAAGGAGAGUCGUUUUUAAGAAAGAUCGGGCUGUAGGUGUAAAAGUUAGUUUACCAAAUGGUAGAACUAUGAUCGUUAAAGCUAAUAAAGAAGUAAUAUUAUCAGCUGGAGCUAUAAAUAGUCCUCAGAUAUUGAUGUUAUCGGGAAUAGGACCUAAAGAGCAUUUAAAAGAAAUGCACAUCGAGGUAAUAAAAGAUUUACCAGUUGGACAAAACCUACAAGAUCAUAUUGUUGUUCCUAUAGCUAUACCAGGUAAAAGAGACAUUUAUUCUAUAAUUGACAAUGUUAAAAUGUUUGGGAUUAUAGACAAGUUUCCUUUAGAUGCAAUUCUUGGAUUUACAGCUUUAGACAAAUCUCAGAAAUAUCCAGACUAUCAAACUACUGCCACAUACCUUCCGAUGGGUAAUUCCGUGAGUACAUUAUACUGUAACCAGCUCCUGAACUUAGAAGACCAAGUGUGUGUAAACCUAGCAAAUUUGAACAAACGUGGUGUAGUCAUAUACGCUCUGCUGACUUAUCUACACCCAAAAUCGCGAGGGGAAAUCAAACUGCGAAGCAAUAAUCCUCAAGAUGAACCGUUGAUUUAUAUGAAAUACUUUUCAAAUGAAGAUGACAUUGAAGGAUUCUCGAAAUGUGUUGAAGAUUAUAUAACUGUGAUAAAUACUAGUUAUUUUAAGAGUGUCGCGUCUGAUGUACCUGAUAUAGAAAUAGCUCAGUGUAAAGAUUAUAGUUUUGGUAGUCACGAUUAUUGGCGUUGCUACGUAGUUAACGUGGCUGGAACGCAGUAUCAUCCCGUUGGGACAUGUCAUAUGGGACCCGAUGGUGUAGUGGAUGAGACACUGAAGGUUCGUGGAGUGAAAGGUCUCAGAGUCGUAGAUGCUAGUGUGAUGCCAAAAAUCAUUAGUGGAAAUAUAAAUGCACCUGUUAUAAUGAUAGCCGAAAAAGCGUCGGAUAUGAUUAAGAAAGAACAUAAAAUGAAAGGUUACGUUAAAUAAAA